CACACAAUUAACAGCAAUUUAACAGUGAGAAAUCACCACAUACAAAAUUGAUGAUUUCUAAAUUGCUACAACCAACUUUUUUUUCCCCGAUAAUUAACUCAUCAUAAUCACUUUCGCUGGUUAAUUGUUCAGCAUCAUCAUCAUUAGUGAUAAUAACAAUUGUAAUUGAUCAUCAGUGAAAAAUUUAAAUUAUUGUCAACCUUUCAAUUGUUCAAUCAACAGUAAUAUAAUGAUUAAUGUAAAGUUGAUUGUGAUUCUUAAUUAGUCACCAUUAAAAAUUGUAAAUGAAAACAAUCAAAUGAUUGAUUAUCGGCCAUCAUCAUCUGUUAUACACUCUAAUUACAAUUAACUGACCCAAUAUGCUUAAUUAGUGACAUAAUUUAAUUCUCAAUAAUUUAUUCAUCUUUCGGUUGAUUAACUAAAUUAAACUAAAUCAUCUCAAUGCCUGUUGCAGCGACAACUUAUUUCAUUUUUAGUUUAUUAACAAUUACACCAUUGGUGACGUUAUUUUUUAAUCAACCAACUAAAUUACAAGAGACCGAUGGAUCCAAGAAACACUCUGACUUGAAUAGUAACAAUCAAACUAAUGUUUGUAAAUCAUCACUUUGUAUCUCAGAAGCUCGCCGGAUAUUGGAAUCGAUUGACGAUAAAAUCGAUCCUUGUCAAGAUUUUUAUCAAUUCGCUUGUGGAAAUUGGUUGAAAACUAAUCCAUUGCCUACUGAUAGAUUAAAAUGGUCUCCAUUGGAUAAGCUAGAGAUUAGAGUAAAAAGACAAAUUAAAGCUUUGUUUGAAAAUGCUGAGGAAAAAAAUUUAACAUGGACACCCUAUUCAACUGCAAUUAACAUUUACGAGAGAUGUUUGAAUAAAGAGAAAAAUGAAUCAAAUCAACCGUCUCAUCAUGAAUAUAAAUCAUUGAAAAGGUUAAUCAAACGAAUCGGUGGUUGGCCUAUGGUCCAGUCGAAAUGGGAUUCAAAUCGUUUCGAACCCGAAAAUACCUCAACUCUUUUACGAACCAUGUAUGGACUCAACUGGAUCUUCGGUAUCUACCUGUUCACAGAGGGACAAGGUGACAAAUUGCAAACCUUUCUCCUCUUGGACUCUCCAUCAUUUGGCGUUGAACGUAAAUAUCUGUCCAGUUACACGAAUAACAUGAGACUGACCUCUAGGCAAUUAAAUCCAUAUCGUUGGUAUAUUGAAUCAUUGGCUCGAUUGGUGAAAGAUGAUGGUGUUAAUGAGAAACAAUGGUCAUCGGAAAUUAAUCGAAUAAUGACCUUUGAAGCUUCUCUAUUGGAGAUAACUACUGAUAUGGAUAAUAAAGUUCAUCGGUCAGUUAGUGUUGAGAAUUUGGUCAAUUAUUAUCCAAAGAUCAGAUGGUUUCCUUUGAUUAAACAAAUUCUGGCCUCUAAUAAUAUCCCGUUCUCACCGGAUAUGGUCAUUCUGGUCAACGAUCACAAUUAUUAUCUCCAUUUGGGUGAUGUAUUGAGAAAAACACCUAAACGUGUAAUUGCUAAUUACCUUGGGUGGAGGGUCGCUGAACAUUAUGGUGUAUAUUCAUCGGAAGAAAUUCGAAAUAUUCGAUUUCAAUUUGAUCGAGCUUUUCUUGGAGUUCAACAACAGCCUGAACGAUGGGAAUUCUGCUACGAUAUGGUCUCAUCUCGAUUACCUUUCAUCAUUGGUCGUCUUUAUGUAGAUCAUUAUUUCAAUGAAAAAUCUCGAGACGAUAUGUCCAAAUUGAUCGGAGAAACGAAGCGACAGUUACGAUACCAAUUAGAGGACAGUAACUGGCUUGAUGCUUCAACGAAACGCGAAGCACUGGAUAAGUUGUCUCAUAUGAUCGAGAUUGUCGGUUAUCAGGACUGGAUCAAAGAAAAUGAUCAAUUGGAAAGUUAUUAUUUCGAGAUUGAAAAUAUUCGAUCGGAAGAUCUUCUAGAUGAUAUUCUACUCAUGGAUAAGGCCAAAACAUUCCGUGAAUUUUCAGAAUUAAAUCAAAUAAUUGGAAGAGAGCAAAUGCAUGUAAUGUCACCGACUGAUGUAAAUGCUUACAAUUACCUUCGUCGAAACCUUCUAUCUUUUCCUGCAGCUUUGCUUCAAAAUCCUUUGUAUACCUACGGAUUACCUGCAGCUCUUAAUUAUGGUGGAAUCGGUUGGAUUAUCGGCCAUGAGAUUAUCCAUGCAUUUGAUAGUGAUGGUAAACGAUUCGAUAAGUUUGGUAAUCUAAGAAAUUGGUGGUCAAAUAGUACAUUUCAAACUUAUCUGAAAAAAUCACGAUGUUUUCUUGACCAAUACGCUCAACCCAUUGGUAUGGUGGGUUAUGGCGGAGUGGGCAAUGGUGGUGGUGUUGGUGGUGGUGGAGGGACUAUCACUGAGAGUGGUAAUAGUGUAAUGACUUUAAGUGAAAACAUUGCAGACACUGUUGGCUUGGAAUUGGCUUUCUCAGCAUUCAAGGCAAACCUUAAUUCCCAAGAAACAAUAAGAUCAAGCAGAGAUGCCAAUCGAGGUAACUACAACAAUCAAUUGACAAAACGCUCAUCAAAUGACACCAAUCACUAUUUACCUCCACAAUUGAUUAACUUUACUCCUGAACAAUUAUUUUUCCUCUCCUUUGCUCAGAUUUGGUGUACUAAUCAGACCACUGAGAAUGAACAAGUUCGAGGGCAAUCUCGACAUAGUUCAGAGAAAAUUCGAGUUCUUGGUCCACUUCGAAACUCGGUUGACUUUGCGAAAGCUUUUAAUUGUAAACAAUCAACACCCAUGGCCUUUGAUCAACGUUGUACUUUAUGGCGCUAAUCAAGUUGGACAAUGAAUUGAACCUCAACAAUUAACAAUCAUGACGAUAAAAUAAACUAGCGAUUAAAUUUGACAAUAACAAUUUGAUUCUCAUAAUCA